AUGAAGGACCUGUACGAGGCAAUCCUGCAGAAUAACGAGAGACUCGCACUGAGGAUUCUUAGCGAACACGCGGAGUAUGCAACCAUGGCCUGCGAAGACCCAGAUCACUACGGAGAGUCACCGCUGCACCUGGCCAUUUUUAACGGAAACCUGACGCUGGUCAAGAAGCUGGUGAGCCGAGGGGCGGACCCGAACGCGCGGUGCACCGGGACAAGAUUCUCACAUGCCAAGGGUACGGAGGAGGACGUUCUGUGUUACUACGGAGAGUACGCCCUUUCACUUGCAGCCUGUCUGGGUAUGGAGAAAAUUGUCGAGUAUUUGGUGAAAAAAGGCGCUCGGCUGGACAACAAGGACACAGAAGGAAACACAGUUCUGCACGUGCUGGCCAGCAUGGAACAGACUGACGCGUCUAUGGCCAUGGUCAAACUGGUGUUGAAACUCAGCCAGGGGACGGAGAGUCUGGAGACGAUCGAGAACAAAGAAGACCUCACUCCGGUUAAGCUGGCAGCAACUAGCGGUAAUCUGGAGAUGUUCCAGUUCCUCAUAGACCACAGCCAUAGGCACUGCGUCUUGUGGAGGUACGGCCAUGUCUUCGAGUGUUUGUACGGCCUGUCUGAUAUUGACAUACCUCCUACCGAUGAUGCAACUUUGACAGUCAAGCGUGGAUACAGUCUACUGGAGGUUGCGAUCUACAGUGACAUACACAGGUUCUACACUAACAUCAAGGCCGACCAAAUGAUCCAAGCCACGCCUAUUAAGCAGUUGCUGGAAAAGAAGUGGAGGCGCAUGCGGAAGUGGUUCUGGGGGUUCGCUGUGGCUUACCUCAUUCACAUCAUCAUCUUUACCGCGUGCUACUUGCACAGGCCACUGAGGAGUGUGGAAACGGUCCUGAAUAACGGGACACACAACGUCACAUUGGUGCACGUGGAAAAACUAUCCAGGCAGGAGUGGUACGAAUCGCCUGGGCUUGAGUUCGGAAAGAGGAUCACAGCGGGGAUCAUAGGAAUUUUAAUUACAGUUAUGGUAUUUGAGACAUUCGAGCAUUAUUCAAUGAAGACAGGGACAUACUUCUUUGGCUACGGAGUCGGCAACGGACCCUUCCAGUUUGUAAGAUUCGAUUAUGGCCAUUGCACUUGUGUUCGGAUGGACGUUGCUGCUGUACUUCGCGCGGGGCAUCAAACAUCUGGGGCCGUUCACGGUCAUCAUUUUUCGGCAUUUUACAUCACGUUUGAGCAGGCCAAAGAGGACUUGGAACAGUUCCGUAACCUCGAGAACACCAUGAUGACCCUGUUCAAACUCACUCUCGGCUUGGAGGACGUCACACUCACAGUGCUAAACAAAGCCCCAAAUCCCGCCCUGGCGAUCUCCCUGUAUGUCAGCUUUCUCAUCUUCUCCUUCCUACUGAUGGCGAACAUGCUCAUUGCGAUGAUGGGGGAGACACUGAGCAUGUACUCGGACGGGUGGGAGAACCUAUGGGAGUUACAGCGUGCUUACCUGAUCAUUCAGUACGAGCAGUCUUACCACGCCUACCUGCGGAUCGUCUUCUACUUUCUUCCGCGGCCGGAACUGAAAUAUUACUUACUACGGCUCUUAGGGGAGUACGUGGACAUGCCUGGGAUCGAUCCCAAAACGCGAUACCUCAGGGUGAAGAUUCGGGGCAAGCCUAAGAACGACAGUGAAGUCAAACUCUCGCGACGUUUCCCACCGACAAUGAAUUUCAUAGAGGCAGCAAAUCUGCAGACCGAGGACCGACCGAAAACUCGUAACCUACUGCAGCGGUUGUCUCGGAAGAAAAGAAGCAGUUCUGAACCUGACCUGGACGUCCCUGAGGUCACCCGGGUCAAUGACCUGCAGUAG